AUGUUGUCCAAGGCUCUGGUGAAUUCGAGAACUCAGAACCACAAAAUUUGUGCGGAACCUCAUUUCAAUAAUCAUGGACUAGACUACUUGGUUAUGCCCGAGGAUAGAAGGAUGAUGAUCAAGGCGCUGGUCCACAGAUGUGCCGAAAGUGACGCGCUGUUCUUCCUAUUGCACAGCCCUGCUGGUGUUGGCAAAACUCUUGGCGCGGUCAUGGUUUUGGACGACGCCAAUAUACUGUUGGAAGCAAGAGGAGUCGACGUAAAGAGAAACAACAUAGUCUCAGUGUUCUUGAAAGGCAUGGAUACUUAUCAUGGCAUUCUUUUCUUGAUGACCAAUCGGAUUGGUAAAUUUGAUGGGUCUGUCAUGUCUCGCAUGCAUGCAGUCGUUCACUACAGCCAGCUGGGUAGUGAAGAUCGGAAACGUGUAUGGAAGAACUUCUUCGACCGGGCGCGCGAGGAAGUGGAGUUUGAUUGGGAUAUCUGCCCGGAUGUAAUUGAAAGUGCGGAAAAGAAGCACAUCGCCCAGAACGGUAGAGCAAUACGAAAUGCUUUCUCGAACGCAAUGGCGCUUGCACACUAUCGAUUUACAGAACUGAAGCUAGAGGGCAGGGAAGAAGGAAGGGCGGUUCUGAGAAAAACGGACUUUGAGCAGAGAUGGGCGAUGGAGCGAGCCCCAUUCGUGAUUGUGCACCGGUACGCCGGCCACUUCCAAAAUAUGCCACUUUCGGACCCCAUUGUGGAUUUGAAGCCCGGCGAGCAAACAAAGGCCAAAAUCCAGGCUUUUCAGCGAGCCGAACCACCGGACAUGAACGCCUCAAAGAAACCUCGAGGCGAGCGUCAGCCGUUGCUAAGACACGUUGCCCCCGUGCCAAUCCAGGAAGACAGCAACACCUUGCCCGACGAUCUGUGCCAUGCCCACGAGCACGACACAUCGCACCCGCGCACGACAAGCACCGUCGCCAAGAUCCUCGCCACGACGACCUCUUUCCUCGUGUUGGGCAUGAUCAUCUCAACGCCGGGCGUCAUCCUGCCCCACCUCGAAGCACACUACCACCUCUCCGACGUGCGCGCAAGCCUCAUCUUCCUCGUCGCGCCCUGGGGCUACCUCGCGGGCGCGUACCUGAACGACCCGAUCCACCAGCGCCUAGGGCAGCGCGGGAUCGCCAUUAUCGCGCCCGUGUGCCAGGCGCUCUUCACAGCCACGGCGUCAUCCUUCCACGACGCGCGCCGCGGCGGCUUCGAGGUGUUCCUCGCGGCGACCGUGUUCGCCAACUUCGGCAACGGGCUGCUGGACGGGUCGUGGUGCGCGUGGGCCGGCGGGCUGGGCGGUGCGAGGCGGAAUCUCGUCCAGGGCCUGCUGCACGGCUGCUUCUCCGCCGGCGCGGGGCUGGGGCCCUUCCUGGCCGGGACGUUAUUCUCUGUCUACGGUGCGCCGUGGUGGUCGUGGUACUACGUCCUUCUCGGAGCGGUAACUCUGCAGGCUGUCGUGCUGAUUUGGGUCUUCCGAUUCGAGAACGGGCAGAGAUAUCGCGAGGCGUUGGCUGCGGCCAAGCCUGCUGAGGUUGAUCGCGUCUCGGAGGCGCCGCCGCUGGCGUCCCACUCUGGUCGAGGGGCGUUGAGGCACGCUGUCACCUGGAUCUGCGCGGUCUACUUCCUCGUCUACGUGGGCACCGAGUCCGCCAUAUCUGGCUGGGUCGUCACCUUUAUGCUCCGCGCACGCCACGCGUCGACGUACGUCGCAAGUCUGUCGUCUUCGGGUUUUUGGAUCGGCAUGGCUGUUGGCCGGCUCCUUCUUGGACUCGUGACAGACAAGGUCGGCGUGCGCGUGGCGGCUACUGUCUACGUUGUGAUCGCGAUCGUGGCGCAGGCGGUCUUGGCCGCUGUCGAUGUCGCUGCCGUAUCGAUCGUCGCUGUCAUCGUCGUCGGCUUCUUCCUGGGACCGCUGUUUCCCUCGGGCAUCGUCGUGCUGGCGCGGCUGCUGCCCAAGGACCUGCACGUGGGCGCUGUAUCCUUCGUUGCUUCUGUCGGCCAGCUUGGGGCGGCCUGCGGGCCGUUUGCCCUUGGCUCACUAGUGCAGCUGCUGGGGAUCCAGACCUUUCAACUAUUCAUCCUCGCAUUACUCGUGGUGGCGCUGCUGGUCUGGCUCAUGUUUCCGAGAUUACCGGUUGAAACAGAUCGUGACAGCUCGGGAAGUACCGAGGUCACAACUCAUGAUGUCGAGAGGGAAGGACUUUGA